AUGGAUUUCGAUCCGGAAUCAGUAAAAAACCAGCAAACCGAGCCGCUGGGCGCAAGCUUCUCCCACGCCCGUGCUCUCGGUAUCCGCCAUCCUUACCCUUACAACUUUGGCGUUGCACUUCCCGGAUUCUUUGUGCCUUUCCCCUCCUAUACCAUAUAUCCAAAUUCGGCAGUCGAGCAGCUGGUGCCUAGUGGGUUCAGAGCCAGCUUUCCAAGCGGGGUCUGCGAAGAUUGGACAGGGCAUGAAAAUCUCGGGGCAGCAUCUAGCCAAAUUCAAGACCUGCAAUUGAGCGCCAAUUCCGAACCCGACUUCGAUUCCGCUCCUCAAGCCGAGACUCGCGCUCUCUAUGUUACGCCCGGACAGCAAGAUUGGCCCUAUGACACUGCUGCUCAUUUCACCAGUCCAAACGGGCUUGGCCUCCCGCAAGUCGGCACUGUUGCUCAUCCCUCCUCUGACACUCACUUGCACUAUCCUUCCACCGAGCAACAGGACUGGCACAACGAGCCUGCUGCUCAUGGCAACAUGGCAAACGGACUCGACUCUGCCUGGCAAGACAACACUGCUCAUGAUCCCUUCAUGAACGGCUUUGACCAAGAUGCCUCCACCAAUCUGCUCCAUUCGAAUGGAACCCGCGAAGCAAACCAUUUCUCGGGCAACGACAUCGCCGACACGCAACUAAGCUCCAUAACAUGCAAUACAGAAACGAACUUCUCCUUCAACGCCCCAUUCCAAGCUUCAACCCCCACCUACGGCACCUCUUCCCCGAUUCAAGCAAGCUCCACACACACAAUCAUCUCCUCAUCUAGCCCAGAAGCAUCCUUCUCCUCCACCUCCACCACUUCCCCUACACCAUCUCCAACCAACGCUCCCUCCCCAAACUCCACACGCCACCCCUGCCCGCACCCGCACUGCCACUCCACCUUCGCGCGACUAGGCGACCUAAGCCGCCACGCAAAAAUCCAUUCCCCGGAGCGCCAUCGGAAGUACCAUUGUUGGGAGCCAGGAUGCAACAGGAAUGGACGGAAAGGGUUUACCAGGAGGGAUAAGUUGAGGGAUCACGUUAGGGGGGUGCAUGGAUUGGAGGAAGAUGGGGGUGGUUUCUGA